AUUUUGAUCAGUAAUUUAGUGUCUCGGUGAUCGAUCGAGAUGGGAUUGAAAGGAUUCGUGGAAGGAGGCAUCGCCUCCAUCGUCGCCGGCUGCUCCACCCACCCCCUCGACCUCAUUAAGGUCCGAAUGCAGCUCCAGGGCGAGUCCGCCUCCGCCGCCCUCCGCCCAGCCAUCCCUGUCUACGGUGGCCCCUCCGCAGCCGCACUCCCCCAGCAAAUUCCCUCCUUUCCGCCGCUGCUGCGCCGGCCCGGGCCAGUCGCCGUCUGCGGGCAGAUUCUCCGCGCUGAGGGCCCCGUGGGGUUCUUUUCCGGCGUCUCCGCCACCGUCCUGCGGCAGAGCCUCUACUCCACCACCCGGAUGGGGCUUUACGACAUGUUCAAGACGCGGUGGUCGGAGGAGGGCGGGACGUUUCCGCUGCACCGGAAGGUCACGGCGGGGCUGAUAUCCGGAGCGAUCGGCGCCGCGGUGGGGAACCCUGCCGACGUUGCGAUGGUCCGGAUGCAGGCCGACGGCCGGCUCCCACCCGAGCAGCGCCGGAACUACCGGAGCGUGGUGGACGCGGUGGGGCGCAUGGCGCGGGAGGAGGGAGUAGGGAAACUGUGGCGGGGCGCGGGGCUGACGGUGAACCGGGCCAUGAUCGUAACGGCAGCGCAGCUAGCGACGUACGACCAGGCGAAGGAAGCGAUCCUGCGGCGGAGGGGGGCGAAGGCGGACGGUCUGGGCACUCACGUGGCGGCGAGCUUCACGGCGGGACUGGUGGCGGCGGUGGCGUCCAACCCGGUGGACGUGAUCAAGACGCGGGUGAUGAACAUGAAAGUGGAGGAGGGUGCGCCGCCUCCGUACGCCGGGGCGUUGGACUGCGCGGUGAAGACGGCGAGGACAGAGGGGGUGGCGGCGUUCUACAAGGGUUUUUUGCCCACCGUGAUCCGCCAGGGGCCCUUCACCGUCAUCCUCUUCGUCACGCUCGAGCAGGUGCGCAAGCUCCUUAAGGAUUUUUAAGUCGCCUUACAUCCAUCAGAUUCCACGAUGGACGGCCAAUAGAGGGAGACGCUGCUGAUCAUUUUUUUAAAAAAAUUCACAUUCAUCACGCAGAUUGAAAGUUCUUUUAAUUUUUUUGUAGGUUGAAUUUUGAAUUUGAUUAAUAUUUUUUUAUUUGAAUUUGAUAAUAGAAAUGGAAUAUUCAAAAACAUGUGGU